AUGAGUUUAGUGUUUGGAUCUCUUGUUUGGUUGGAAGAUCCCGAAGAAGCUUGGAUAGAUGGUGAAGUUGUGAAGGUUAAAGGUGAACAGAUCGAGGAGGGUUUGGAUCGUGAUAGCUUUCUCUUCUCCUUCCAUCCUCUGUGGGUUGGGUGGUUCAGUAGUUCGAAUAUUGUGGCUUUCCGCAAUGCGAAGGAUUCGGCCCUUUUCAUUUGGUUGGGGAUUGGAUUUGAUUGGGAACUUCCCAGAAUAUGA